UUACUUUUGAUGAUCAUAAAUUGAUCGAUUUGACUGAUUAGUAAUCAUUAAUGAUGAAUUAUUCAAUAUGAAACCUUUUCUAUUCAUUUUUAUUCGGAAGAGAUUAAUUAGUAAGUUGAUAUUAUUGAAAUAUGGAAAGAAAUAAUACAAUAAAUGAUUUUUCAAUAUAUAAUGAAAAUAUAAAUGAUAAAUCGAAUAUUAAUGAUAAAUCGAAUAUCAAUAAAGGUUCAUCACUUGUUAAACAAUUAAAACAAACUAUUGAAAAUAUUCCAAAAACUACAAAUCAUAUCAACCAAUUCAUGAAUUAUUAUACACCAAAUCCAAAACAAUUAGAUGAUUUACAAAAAGAAUUAGAAAAACAUACAAAAGCUGUACAAAAUGAAACUUAUAAAAAUCUUUAUUUAAAUGAUCAUAAUUUAAAAAAUUCAAUUUUAAAACAAUCAAUAUUAGAACAAUCCAAUAAUUCUAUUGAUAAAAAUAAAAUGAUUAAUAUAAAUGAUCAAAAUAUUGAAAAUCAUUUAGAAAAUUCUGAAAUUUAUUAUUCCAUUGUAAAUGAUCAUUAUUAUUCAUCUAUUAAAUUGAAUUAUUUAGAUCAAAAUUAUUUACAAAAAUAUGAUACUGAAAAUUGUAUAAUACCAUCAAAAAGUCGACAUUAUAAAACAGAAUUAUGUAAACGUUAUUUAAAUAGUUCUAAUGGAGAUUGUAGUUAUGGUAAUAAAUGUCAAUUUGCUCAUGGAAUUAAUGAACUUAGAUUUGCUCCACGUCAUCCACGUUAUAAAACUGAAAUAUGUUAUAGUUAUCAUGUUUUUGGAACAUGUAAUUAUGGGAGAAGAUGUGAUUUUAUUCAUGAUGAACCAUUGGAAAAGUUGAUUCUUAUUCGAUUACAAAAUCAAUUAUUUCAAGCUUAUCGAAAAAGUCAUCCACAUGUACAAGAGGUUCGUUUAAUCGAGUUAUUAGGAUUAAAAGAGGAUAAUUGGGAGAGUUUAAAAGUAUUAUCAUCAGCGUUAUACGAUGAAAAAACGUUUCAUAGUAAUGAUGAUAACUUUUCUGUCAUUACUAAUAACGAACUCUAAUAUUUAUGAAGGAAUUUCCGUAAUAGAGAUAGAUGUUUGAUGGGUAGAUUGUUAUACUUGAUUAAGUAAAUUUAUCUUAAGCUUAAUAUGUGCAGUUUUUCUUGUUUUAACCAUCAUUUUCACAGAACAAAUUUUCAUUUGCAUGGUAAUAUAUUUAAAAUUUAUUUUCUAAAAUUAUGUACAAUGCUUUUAUUGAAAUAAUAAUUUGGUAAUUAAUAAUAAAUUGAUGUUGCGCA